AUGCCAUCCUUCAAGAUCCUUGUGCUGCCGGGCGACCACAUUGGCGCUGAGGUUAUCCGCGAGGCUGUCAAAGUACUCCGCACAGUGGAAAGCCAUCCAAGCGUUGCCAAGCAGAACAUCAAGUUUGAUCUCGACUUCGACUUGCUAGGCGGGCAGUCCAUCGAUGUCCAUGGAAUACCAUUGACGCCUCAAGUCAUUGAGAAGGCAAAGAAUUCCGUGGCCGUGCUGUUCGGCGCUGUUGGUGGCCCAAAAUGGGGCAUGACCGGAGCGCUGAGGCCAGAGACUUCUGUAUUGGAUUUGCGAAGAGCCCUCAACUGCUGGGCAAACAUUCGCCCUUGCAAAAUCCCUUCUCCAGGGGCUGCCAAGUGCUCGCCGCUAAAGGAGACCGUUGUCCAAGGAACAGAUUUCAUCAUCCUGCGUGAGAAUCUGGGCGGCGUAUACUUUGGCGAAAAGAAGGAAGAGCCCAACUAUGCUCACGACGUGUGGGGGUAUAACAGAUGGGAGAUCGAAAGGAUCUCCCGGAUGGCGGCGUAUCUGGCACGCAAACACGGAGGGACCAAGGGCCCCAGCAAGAUCACCUCCGUGGACAAGGCCAAUGUGCUGGCUGUGUGUCGACUUUGGCGAGAAGCCGUAACAACGGUCCACGACCGAGAGUUUGCGGACAUUCCUCUUAAUCAUCAAUUGUCAGACUCAUUGGCUCUGAUCAUGGUCAAGAAUCCCCGCUCGUUGAAUGGCAUUGUCUUGUGCGACAACAUCUUCGGCGACUUGUUCUCUGACGAGGCUGCUGCGGUAUCUGGCUCCCUCGGAUUCAGCCCAUCAGCGUGCCUCUCCGGCAUUCCAGGAGAGCCUCUGGCUACAGGCAUGUACGAGCCGAGUCAUGGCUCGGCGCCGGAUCUACCUCCCAACUGCGCAAAUCCCAUUGCCACAAUCCAAAGUGCCGCCAUGAUGCUGCGGUACAGCUGUGACUUGGAUUGGCUAGCAGACGCGGUUGACCAGGCUGUUAGCAUUGCGCUCGACGACAGGGCCGCUGGUGGUCUGGAAGUGAGGACUGGUGACAUUGGCGGAACCGCAACGACAGCGGAAAUGGGAGAUGCUGUUGUGACUGCACUCUUGCAGAUUCUGGGCAAGGCAGAGCCAGAGUCGGCAUCUCAAGCCAGUGCCACCGAGAGCGCAAGGCUGUAA